GAAAGGAAAAAACUAACCGUUAACACUCAAACAAUGAAGCGUUACAGCCCAGACUCUGUCAUUAUGUGGGCUUUAUUCAGCAGAGAGUAAAUACAGGUGGAUAAAAGUGGUUUAUACGUUACAGCGGCGAGCAAGUGGGCGGUGAAGGCGGGUGAUUGAUGAUUAGAUUUACGGUGUGGAUCACGGCGGGGAGAGAGGAUGACUCACUCAGUCUGAUGAGAUGUUCACCCCGCAACAGCUCGGCAGUGCGGUGGCACGCCGGUAGUUCAGCCUGACACAUCGGUGUUCUCUUCCAAUAAAAACUCAAACUUUAUCAAUUUGCCAAGAUGCGUUUUUGUGGCGCUACGGCGGUGUGUUUGCUCCAAACUUCAGUGUUUGUCAGUUUGUAGUUGGAGAGAAACAAGGAGUCGUGAUUUACCGUAAAUUUCGUGACGCCUCAUUACCAUGGAAACAGUGCUCCUGCGCUGAGAGGAAACUGUCCGUGUUAACUUCAGCAGCAACCUCUUUAACGAAAAAACCUGUUGGAUAUCUCACGAUUUUGUCUUUUUUUCUGUGCUCCCAUUGCUUUACCCAGUUGAACUUGGCAACAAACCAGGUGAGUUUCUGAAACUGUGCAGCUGUUGUGCCAUUGCGUCUCAUUCCUGUAAAAUACUCUGAACAGUUUUCUCUCCUCUGAUCCCAAGUUUCUGCAAAAUUAAUCGUCUGUUCAUUUACUUGAAGUGUCUGUCAACUUCUGUAUUGUAUUUGUGAAUUGCAACAUGUUCAAUGUGGGCUACCAUCAGCAGAAAAAAUGGCAAAAUUUGAAGUUCAGACAACAUGGAAUGGAUAAUGGAAAAAAAAAAACGCACAAAUGUGCCCAGUGCAAAAGAUUGUUGUUCAUAGGAGUGCUGGAAAAUGUGCACUUAUAUGUCUGUUAUGCCACAUGAACACUCCCAUCCAUAACCGGUUAACAUAAUUUGUUUAUGUCCGUUUUUCAGUCCAGUUGAAAUAAAUUUCCACCAUAGAUUGUGCAUUUUGUGUCGUCUGUGCGCACAGGGGUAAGCAUCCAGGAUAGGCAACGAGUGAUGCUUCAUUCAGGGGCUGUAUGACUCAUAUAGUCUUAUCUAUAAAGAAGCCAAGUGGCAGGAGAGCAGUCCUGCUGCAGGAUCGAGCUGAUGUAACCCCUGAGAUUCACUAGAGGCUGCUGUGGGCCAUGCUUCCCUGUGCCACAGAUACACCACCUCUGACUGUAUUUACACGGAUAAACUUCAAGUAUUGACACAGGCUGAGGAUGUAGUGAGUAAGUCUAACACUGUGAACUCUACAGAUGAUUAAGAGCUGUCAGCCUGUCGCCUACAUCAUAUGACCAGCUCUGUUUGACAAGGUUAUAUUUGUUUCUUAAUUUUUUUUUCUAAACCUCACUUUGUUUUUUCCAAACAACUUCUAAUUUGACCCAAAUAAGCCUAUCUAUUGAUCCGAUGACCUGAAAAUAACCUUUACAUAAUUUGCAAGGCUUUUUAUAGAAUUGCACUGAUUGUGCAUUUAAUUCUUGCAUGAAAUUUCAUGAAUAUGUACAUAUAAAUAAGCACAAUUUCCUAUUGCUGGCUUGUGCUUAAAGACUCUUAAUUCCAAAUGAAGAUAAUUAAAAGUGCUUUAUAAGAAAUUAGGGUCUCUUAUUGCACACAUUAGCAGUAAUUCUAAGUGCAUUCAUCUUUUAAAACACCCAGAGGACCCUUAACAGAUCCCAGAACCCUAAUGUUGUCACAAAUGUGACAGUAUGAAGGUCUCUUGAAGCCUGCUGGUAACAGGCUAAAUCUGUGACAGAUGUGAGUGAGUCAGCGCACAUUAAUGAAAGUGCACCUUCUUCACUCUUAAAAAUAAAACCUCAUCACAAUAUCAGCAAGAAUAUGCACACCUUCAGCUUGAUUAUUUUUAUUGUUUGGUUGGGCUAAUAAUGAAAAUAAUACCACUUACAGCUGACACACCAUCAGGAGGAGGGAGUGUAUACAUACAGACAGGUUCAGCCUGUCUCUAGAAGAUCUUUGAAACAGAUUUGUCUCUGCUGCUGACAGCCAGUGAAUAACAGACAGGUGAGUCACCUGUAACCAGCAGACAAGCCAUUAUCAUGGAGGAAAUUCAGCAUGGCGACUGUAUAGAUGGAAAGAUACAGAGUUGGUAAACAUUCUGCAGUAUUAACUUGCUUCAAGAAGAAGAAAAAAAUAUAUGUAUUUUUAGGAGUGGUUUGAAAGUUACCUCUCACUUAUGUGUUGUCUGUAUUAGCUUUGUUAAGACAAGUAUCUGUUAUGACAAACCUUGCAGAAACAUAUUUUUUAACAUAUGCAAGAGCACAACAAGAGGAAAACAAGCAUGAAAAAACAUUGCAUUAUUAUACUAGCUCUUAUUAAAGCUUUUUCCAUUUCAUGAAGCUCAGGUCAGCUUGUGUCGUGAUGCAGAUUGUUGCCAUCCAGUGGUAGAUCAGCAUUACUCAGACCCCCCUCAGUCAUUUGAGCUUACUUGAUGGUUGUUUUUCACACUAAAUGUUGCAGAAAAUCAGAGCAGUUGGUGCAUUUCAGAUUUCACCUCCAAGCAGAUCAGGAUGUUAGACUUAACUCAUGCAUUUGAGAUAUAAAGAAAAAAUGAUAAAUCUUGAAAGCCUAGACUUAAGGCUAACAGAUGAGUAAAAGUGAUGGAUGGAAAAUGCAAUGUUCAGUUUCAAUCACCACUGGUUUAUUACACAGUAGACAAAAAGACGAAGGAGGUAGAUUGUUAGUCUGACAAAAAGAAAAUCUAUUUUCUUCUUUUUUGUAUUAUCAUUUGUUCUCCACCUGUGACAUAAGCCAAAAUGUGAUACAAACAUCACAUUUCUCUUCCACAGGUGAGGAUGACAGAGCUUCAAACUGAGAAAAGGUUCCACAACUUGACCUUCGAGCAAGUCCAAGCUCUGGACAAAGUCUUGACUGAGGUGAUCCCCAUCCAUGGACGAGGAAACUUUCCUACCCUGCAGGUGAGAGCCAAAGACAUAAUCCGAGUGGUGAAGGAUCGCCUGAUAGAAAGAGACAUCCAAGUCAAAGAUAUACGGCUCAAUGGUGCGACUGCCAGCCAUGUGUUGGUGAGAGAUAACGGCCUUGGCCACAGAGACUUAGACAUCAUUUUUGGAGUGGAGCUGCCCAGGCAGGAGGACCUCCAGGUGAUCAAGGAGGUGGUUCUGGGUAGUCUAAGAGAUCUCCUCCCAUGUGGAGUCAACAGACGGAAGAUCACCUGCUUGACCAUGAAGGAGGCCUACGUCCAUAAGAUGGUAAAAGUCUUCAAUGAGCAUGACAGAUGGAGCCUGAUCUCUCUUUCUAACAACAGAUCCAAAACCGUGGGGCUAAGGUUUGUUAGCUCCCUUCGCAGGCAGUUUGAGUUCAGCGUGGAUUCCUUCCAGAUAAUAUUGGACCGUAUGCUGGAGUCGUACUGGGAGAUCGAAAGGAGACAGCACAGAAAGAUGGUGUUGAAUGCUGGGAACUCAUCAAAAAGUGACAAUGAAGUGGAGGAGAAACAGCAGAAACAAACAAACAUUCAAGCAGAUGUUGAAGCAGAAAAAGACUCGGCAGCGGCAACAGGUGGAGAAAAGUCACGACCGAAUGGAGCAGUUUCAAUGCUUGAGAAGGACUUCAACAAUGAGGUCCACCAUGUCAAUGGAGAGCAUGAAGUGCAUGAAGCUGUAGAGUCCCAAAACAUGAAGUUACAGCAGGAGGAAGAGGAGCUGGAUGGCAUUGAGGACGUUCACUCGGAGGAGGAUAUUGUGUUUGAAUUAGAUGAAGACAACAGAGAAGAGACAGAAACUAAAGAUUGUCCUUUAGUUUCUUCGGCUAAAGCUUUAAUCACAGAUAUCAGGGAUCCACUGAGAACACAUGAUUGUGUCAAGCUGGAGAGUACAGAAGAGCCUCCUGUUUCACAAGUUUCCCCUCCCGUGACCACCAAGAAUUCAGAAAAUCCAGUCCCACAAGGGAAUAGUCUUUGUGAAGACAUUGCUCAGUUCAAAGUGGAUUCUGUAAUCUGUAGGACUGAAAGUACCUCAAAUGUGCAAGAUCCACAUCUUGAAUGUUCUUUUCCUCCUCCAGCAAAGAAAACUUGCAGCACAUCCCAGGAUGUAGUCCCAGAGCAUUGCCCCUCACCAAAAUUGCAAAGAAAAAUGUCUCGGAAGAUGAUUACAAAGCCUGAAAAAUGGUCUUUACUAAAUGACUUGUCAGAUCUUACGACACAAUUCUUUCCACCUAUAGAAAUCCCCAAACCACUACAGCCAAAGCCUCCUUCACAAGACAGCAGUCAAGUUCAUAGCUCAAACAUUUCUUGCUCCAAGUCAGACACCCCUGAAACCCUUAAAGUUCCAACAUACAGUCUAACAAGUACACCUCCAGGUGGGACUGACUUGAAUGAAAAUGUAGAACAAACUGUGAAGCCAAAACACUCCAAGAAGCCUCCUGAUUCAAACAAUCAAAGCCCACCAUUUGCAACAAUCUCACCCUCACAGCCUGGGGCUAUCACUCAGCUAACACCUGAGCUAACAGACAAUGUUGUGAAAAGCUGUGGGACAAACUCAUGUGCAAAGCCAGCAGAGGGUUUCACCAUCACUGUCGAAGCGGAGUGCAUGUACGGAGACUUUGAACAAGCCUUGGACCACCUUCGCCACCGCCUUAUUGCCACCCACAGCCCAGAGGAGAUCCGGGGAGGUGGCUUGUUGAAAUACAGUGACCUGCUGGUGAGGAAUUUCAGACCAGCCAGUGAGACAGAAAUCAAGUCCUUGGAGCGAUACAUGUGCUCCCGUUUCUUCAUUGACUUUCCUGAUGUUAACGAACAGCAGCGGAAGAUUGAGGCCUACCUGCAGUGCCAUUUCAUUGGCAACGAGGAGGCAAGCAAGUAUGACUACCUGAUGACACUGCGGCGUGUCAUUGAUGAGAGUACAGUGUGUUUAAUGGGACACGAGCGAAGGCAGACGCUGAACAUGAUCACAGUUCUUGCUCUGCGGGUGCUGGGCGAGCAGAAUGCCAUCCCCAACACGGCCAAUGUCACCUGUUUCUACCAGCCUGCACCUUACGUGACAGAGCCAAUUUACAGCAGUUACUUCAUUACCCAGGCGCAACCCCCACUUGUCUACCACCCCUACCCACCCUUACAUGUCCACAUGCAGACUGGCUUGGUGUAGCGACAGUGACAUGCCCACAAGGAGGCAUCUAGGCAACUUUCAGCAUGGUGCUCUGUAAACACGGGCACACCGGAAAGUUUUAGCAACAACAGGCGACCACAGGCGCAGUGUUGUUUAACACUUUGAAAUCCCUCCUGCUUAUGACAUGAAAAGCCAACAGAAGUCAGAACUGAAAGGGGUCUGGAGGCAGAGCAUGUCACCCUUUCAAGAAGAAAACUGUUGAAGAGGAAAAGAGAUAGCUAAAAGCCUGCUUUUCUGAGAGCUCACAGAGAGGAUUUCUUUGAAGUGGACCGACUUUGUUUAAGGCUGUUUAACUCACUUUAGCCAGAACUGUGUUCUGAUCACCCUCCAGUGUUGGGGAGAUACUAUAGUGUGGUAAUUGUCCAUUGUAAUGAAACAGCUGUUGGCAGCAUAACUCUAUAUCCUGAGGUUUGAAGAAUGAUCGGUCUUUAAUAUUUAUGAGGGGUUAAAACCCUUAUAUAGCUGUUUUGUGAACCAUCAGUCUCUGUGGAGUAAAUCUUAGCACGUGACUUUGCCUGUGUAUUACCUGUAUAGAAAUAGGAUACCUGUCAGUGAGGGCAUAUAUCAGACACAAUUUACUGUGGUAUUUUAAUGAUAUAGUUAGAUCUGUUUUUGUGAAUGUAAACGCAUAAUUAAAAAGUAGAAACAAGAGAUUCUCACCUCAGGUCUGUUAGGGACUGUACAGAGAUUAUUCAUGUAGUGGAAAGAGCUUGUAUAAAUCAUUUGACAUAGGAUUAGAGAUUAAAAGUCUCUUUCCAUGGGUUAUUAAAACUGAGAAAGAAGAAAUAGUUCUUCAACCAGUUUAGUUCAAAGUGAGAAAAUCCAUGAUCAAAAUAAUAAAUGUCUCAUGUGAAAUAAUCAAAAUUGUUCAAAGAAUGACAAGAACUAACCAUCAGUCAUCAUAAGGAGCUGGUUCACAAAAUAUUGAAGGGGUCUUCCAUCUUAAACAAAAUGCCACCGAAUGAAUGAUUGAAUAUUAAACCAUGUGUCAACAGAAACUAGGAAGCAUAACAGAAUUUUUAAAAAAUUACCUCCUUAUUUCCCAAAUUCAAACUGUUGGAAGAUCUAACAAAACACAAGAAACUAAUCAGUGCCAGAUGUUAUUGUUUUGUAUUUGUUCUUAGUGGUUUGACCAAAUUUCUCUGAAGUCACUCAACAGUUGAUCUGAUCAAUCCCUCUGCUACAUAACCAUGUCUGAAGUUUGUCCCCUCUCAGUGCUACUUGACCUCCUUCCUUCCUUCCUUCCUUCCUUCCUCCCUAAAUGAUUAAAUGAGUAAUGACUUUGGACACAGCCUUUGUCACAGACUAAAAGAUCUGCCCCCUAGUCACAUUAAGAAAAACAUAACUCCUUACUUGAUUUCAAUGGAGUCAAGUGCACAAGUCUAACAAAUUCAUGCAGCAUGUUGACCUUUUCUUAAUCUGCCUUUUCCAUUGUUACCAGGCUGAAUAGAUUUUUGUAUACGUAUAACAGCUGUUUGUUGUACUGGAUGUAGUGAAUGCCACUUCUGUCGGGGUUUUUGCCUGCUAUUGUGAGCAGAAAUGUUGGUGCACAUUUGAAGUACACGAUGCUGCCAGCAGUACCUGUACCCUGUCUGUGUGUGUUUUGCCAUGUGUAUGCGUAGCAACAAUACAUUUACUAAGAAAAAGAAAAGAGAUAAGAGAAUUUAAGCACAGGUGGUUAACUGUGGGCUGUUCGACGUAAAUCUGAGACUGAAGCACAAUGUAAAUGCACAUAGCUGUUUGUUGAGUGUACACUGUGUUUAUGAUAUGCUCACGAAUAUUGAAGAAAUCUGAAGUACUGUGUGCGGUAGUUUCUGUAUGUAGCUUUAAAGUUCUGUAUCCAUGUUGAGACUGUGGGUAUGUUGUGUAUUGUUCAGGAGCUAUUAGACCAGUAGAGAAACUCAAAUAAUCCUGUUAUGUAGUGGCUCAGAUUGUUGUGUUAUUGUGGUAAUAAAUAUAACACAACCAUU